CUAAUGAGAACCCAGGUUGAAGAGAGGUUCUCUGAGUUUUUUGAGAAGUGGGUUUGUCAGCUUGAGCAGCUCCAGCAACAGCUUCUCAAGCUGUCUGAGGAGACACUGCAGAAUGAGGUAGAGCUACAAGCUCUGGUGUCGAAAGUCACCUACCUACACAAGGAAUAUUACACUGUGAAAUGGGCUGCUGCUCGUGAAGAUGUCCUGGCCUUCUUUUGCCCUGUUUGGUCGAGCCCUUUAGAGAAUGCCUAUAAUUGGGUCACUGGUUGGAAGCCUUCAAUGCUGUUUCAGCUCAUUGGGUCGCUGAGGAAGACGAGGCUGGUGAACAUGUCGGAGGAGCAGCUGAAGAAGAUUGAAGAGCUGAGGCUGAAGAUGAGGUAUGAGGAGGAGAAGGUGGAGAGGGAAAUGGAGAGGCAGCAGGUGGCCAUGGCGGACCGGAGGAUGGUCGAGUUGGCCCGGUUGGAGAGCCGGGUGAGGAACGGCGGCAAGGUGGUGGAGGUGGAGGUGGAAGGGUUAGUGGAUGUGGCAUUGAAGGUGAUGUUGAGUGGGUUGGAGAGGGUGAUGAAGGCUGCAGAUUGUGUGAGGCUCAAGACAUUGAAGGGUGUUUUGGAUGUGCUGAGCCCAUUGCAGUGUGUGGAGUUCUUGGCUGCUACUUGCAUGGUUCAGAUUAGGCUAAGGCAAUGGGGGAGGAAAAAAUGUGACCAAAAUGCUCUCCUAAACCAUUAGCUGGUUUUUUGUAUAGGAAUUAGAGUGUGGAUCCUAAUUUUACCUUGUUAUGUGUUUUACAAUU